UCAUGAACCCUAGGGGCCCUGAGUCACAUGCCUACCACCACCCCUUUUUUCUAAUAUAUAUAUAGUAUACUUUAGAUGGGAUCAAGAUGCCUGAGAUAAUUAAUACCAUCUCCCAAUUAUUCUCCAACUUCUAGUUCAAUGGAAUCAGCUUGCCUUUGUUCAACUGCUCUCCCUCUUGGCCCAUUUUCGAAGUUCCGGGGAGGGAAUGAUUGCGGGAAGAAGAGAGGCUCCACGACAAGAGUUUCUGCGUGGAGAAGAUCUGACCACCAAAAUCAUGGGGGUCGGCUAGUGGAUGAAAAUUUGAUUGUUCUUAGGAAGCGAAUUCACGAGAUGAAGAUGGUGGAGAGGAACUAUGAACCGCCGGAGGAUUGGAUGGAAUGGGAGAAGCACUUCUACACUAGUUACGAUGCGUUUAUAUGUGAUGCAAUGGGGUUGUUGCAGUCCCAGUUGAUGAAUACCAGGCCCAGCUUGGUUCUUGGGAUGUUGGCUAUGAUCACACUCAGCGUCCCGACCUCCGCUGCUCUCAUCCUCGGCCAUUUUGUGGAGAUCACCAAGUGGGUCUUUGCCGGGAUUCAUCUGAAUUAGCGGCGUAUAUACAGAGCCAAAACUGAAUCAUUUGGUUACGUUUUUGUUUACACUUUUCUUCUACUUUUAUCUGGAUCUGAAUUUUGUAUCCAUUAACUAAUAUUAGGAUCUUUAAUGACACUUUUUUUUUCCUAAUU